AUUUUAAUUGGUAAGAUUUGCGAUCUUAAACUUAAAAAAAACAAUGCCACAAAUACCAUUGUGAAUAUCCAUUAAACAAAUUUCAUGUUACAGAAAAAUUGAUUAAAAUGUAUAAAAUGAAACAUACAAGAAAGUAAAAGCCUCUCAUAAUUCAUGCGCAUAGCGGUUACAGAGCGGGAAAAAAAUAUGACCGUUGUCACAACUCUCAUAAAAUGUGACCGUUAACAAAUUCUAUCCGUUAUCUCCCCCAUUUCAAAUAUCAGGUAAUCUCCCCUGUUUCUCUUACUUUCCAUUCUCUUCUCCCUUAAACUUUCUCUUCCUCACUCUUCUCAAUCUAAAUUAUUUCCCAUUUCUGUAAUUUAUUUCCUUUUUUCUUCAAUAAUUAUCUGAAAUUCAUCAACAAUUUGUUCCAAUUCCAAAUUCAGUUCCUUUUUCGGAAUCUUUAUUGUAUAAUACUCCCUCCGAUCCUUUUUGUUCUUCAAACUCGAGUAAUAAAAUGGGAGAGUCAAAUGACACCCACAUAGUAGAAAUCCCAGUAAACCAAGAUCAAAAUCUGAAAACAGCAACAAUGAUUCAACAACACCCAAUGAUGGAAAUCUCGAAAAGUCCAGGCCAUUUACUCCUCCUUAAACUCUGGCAAAGAGAAGAACACCUCUUCGCUCGUCGAAUCGAUGUUAACGAAUCCAAAUUAGACAAUCUCCGCCGUGAGAUCUUCCACCUUUGUCUCUCCUUUCUUGUAUUCCAUGCCUUUGUGACAACCCUCCUUUUCACCUCCUCCUGCUCAGCGUCGAUCCAAGGGGCUCAUUCGGGUUUAACCCGGUGUCAGAAAUGGUGGGUGCCGUCCUUUCUUGGGGCGGCAACCUCGGUGGCAAUAGCGGUGUUGGUUCAGGUGAAAUUGUGGAGGUAUUGGAAGGUGACUGAGAAGUUGAGGAGAGAAAAAACCGAUAGCCGGGCGCUCGGCCGGGCGGUCCAAGAGCUGAGGAUGAAAGGGGCUAGCUUUGAUUUGGCUAAAGAAAUGAGUUUUUGUAACAUCAACUAUAAGAUUAAGAAAAGCUCAAGUGUUGAGAUUAAAUGGAAGCCUAAGAUUUGGUGUUCUAAUAAUUUGGUUACUUUUUGCUUAGUUUUAUUUGCAGGUCUUGCUUUUCCUGCUCCUAAAUUGUUUCUUUGCAUAAUUUGAUGGGGUUAUUAAGAGCUAAUUACAGCAAUUGGGAAAUGUUGGACUAACUUGGAAAAAAUUGAGAUUUGAGGGAUGAAGCAAUGUGGUCCGGUUGAUUUUUUUUUUUAUUUUUUAUUUUUUU